UUCGAAGGGUGCGCUUAUUCGAGAGGGAGGCGCUAAUACAGGGAUUUACGGUAUUUCAAAGAACUAAAAACUCUGCACAAUCGGGUUAGGUUGAAUCACGCCAUUCCUAUUUCUUUCUGAAAACUUUGAGUAUGUCGUACAAACUACGUGUGGCUGGGAGCAAAUCGCCAAUUUCCUAGGCAAAAAGGUGUUCAAAGCGAAACAAAAACUUCCAAUGUAAGCACACAAUAGAAACAAGUCUAAGCAAUUAAAAGCAACUGUUUUAUUGUUGUUUGAGUGUUGCCGAGGUGAUGUUUACUUCGCUACGCAGGAUUUUACUCAAAGACCCGUGAAAUGACGUCACAGCACAGGUGCUGCGCGACAGAAACCCAUAUUUCUUUGCGUUAUUCUGGCGAGAUUUGCGUUAGAUUUUUAUCGAUUUCCUUUUAAUUCUGCUGCAACGAACCGAUCUCUGAAGCUUCCCGGCAAGAAAUAUUUGUGGUUGUAAGGAACUGAUUUGGAUUUGACUCUGGCUGUUGGGAAUUUUAUCUUGUUUAUAAAAGCGGACUCCAAUCGUAUCGAUCUACUCGUUUCUUGUGGUUUGAUCUAAGCUAAAUGUUUUGGGGUUUGGAACUUUGAGGUUUGAUUCUGUGACCUCCUGUCAAGAUGAGUGAGACGACAUCUUCUGGAAAAGUCGAAGAGGAUGAACCAAACCCGACCGAUUCCAUCGCAGAAGAAGGACCAACCGGUCAAGUUCGCGUUUUGAAGAAGGGAAAGAAGAAGGGCAAAGGGAAAAAGCGUAGAGAAUCCGUGGAGUCUAAAGACGAAGAAGGCGACGACGAGGAAUUUAGUACUUCUCGUAAGAAGAAAGGAAAGAAAAAAGCAGCUCCUAAAACGAGUGUUUCCACCGACAUUCAGCCAGAAGUUGAAGCUACAAGCGAGAGUAAACAGUUAGAGGCUGCUGUCACUGUAGAUGAAACACCGAAAGAGACUGUGAUAGAGAUACAGGGAGAAGAGAAACGGCAAGAGGAACUGGAGGAAAUUGUUGUAAAAAAGGAAUCGACGUUGAUCGAAGGGGACAACGUAGUUCAAGAAGAAGGAGACUCCGGCGAGGGUAGCGGGGAAGAGAAGAAAGAUAUAGAACAAGAGAAAGUCGGCGAAGAAGAAGCGAAGGAGAAGGAAGUUGCAGAGGUUGUGUCUGAAGUGGAAGGCGCUACUGUGCGUAGAAGAGCAACUCUGUCUGAUUUAAGAAGUGAGAGUGUGGACAAAGGUGAUGGAGAACAAGCUGUAUCUACAACUGCAGGAUCAGAGGAGCUUGAGGCUGUGAAAGAAGAAGGAAGUGUAGCACAAAAAAUUGAUGUUACAUCAGAGGACAAACAGAGCACUGAAGAUGAAAAAGACAGAGAUACAAAGGAGGAUACAAACAUUGUUGGUGACGAUGGAACAGCUCCUGAACAAAAACAACUUGAAGAGAAACCUGAUGGAACAAAUGUUGAUAAAUGGGAGGAGAAACCUGAUGCGGUUGCUAUAGAGAUGACUGACAGUGUAGAACAUGUUGCAGUGCCUGUGGAGGAGGAGGCCAAGACUGAGAAUGUAGAGGGUGGGGAGGGAGAAAUCAAAACUGAAAGUAAAGAGGGUGAGGAGGUAGAAGUCAAACCUGAGAGUACUGAGGGAGGGGAGGGAGAGCCUAGCCUGGAGGGAACUUUGCCACUGACUAGCCAGACUGUAGUUACAAAUGAAACAGAGACUGGCACGGAUUACUCCAAGUACGAGAUAGAUGAUGAGCUGCCGUGGGCAAUGUAUCGUUCAAUGGAUAGUCCUCCCCAGAGGACCCCUGUUGAGGAAGAUGAGGACUGGCCAGCAUCAGAUGAGGACGAGGAUUAUGCUCCUCCCAAGAAUGAGGACCUUCCAGACCUGGACAUGCUGAUGGGAACAUUAGAAGGUGGGGAGUCUGAGCUGGAGACGACUGCAUCACCACCACCUCUUGUACUCCCUGAGGAAAAACAUGCAAAACAGCGCCGUAUCGAGGAACUCAAGCAGGGCCUAGCUAACGAGCCAAUCGACCUUUAUGAUGAAGAUUUUGAGAAAAGGAUGGAAGAGGAAAUCCUCAUGGUUGGGAAUAUUUCAUUAGAGAUGGUUCAGGAAGAGGAACGACGUCUGCGAGAUGAGCAUAUUGCGUACCAACAACAGCAGGCCAAGGUACAACGUGAGAGGCAGGAAGAUAUAUUAAUGAGAGAAGCUAAAGCUCGGAAAGAAGUCAUGAGGGUGAUGAGGGAAAAACGCAAGCGUCUGCAGCAAAGAGAGGUAGGCUUGACAAAAACUGAAUCACUUGUUUACUGUGAGAUAACAUUAGAUAAGCCUACUGAUAAGCCCUGUUAGUCAAUAUGAUGGUAGAUCUGAACUGGUCAGCUGUGAGUGUUAGCAUUGUUAGUUUAAAUUAUUGCAUGAUGGUAAUGUGAAAAUUUACA